CAGCCCAUGGUGCACCGCGGCGCCAAGAUGGCGGCGCCCAACGAGGGCCGGCCGGGCCGCGGUGCUUCUCCGUUCCCCGGUACCGAGGCCGGCCCCUUCACCUUCCCUUUCCCCGUCCCGCACGGCGCUGCGGGCUCCGGGGCGGAGGAGCCGUCCAAGAAGCCGUGCCGAGCCUGCACGGACUUCAAGAGCUGGCUCCGCCAGCAGAGGAAGCAGGCAGCGCCGGGCGGAGGGGACCUGACGGCCACAGAGGAGAAGGAGCCACCAGCAAACUGUCCUCUGGACAGCGAGCAGCUGGGCCGCAGCACCUGGGGCUUCCUGCACACCAUGGCAGCCUAUUACCCCGACCAGCCCACCAGCAGCCAGCAGAAGGACAUGAGGGACUUCAUCAACCUCUUCUCCAAGUUCUACCCCUGCGAGCACUGCGCUGAGGAUCUGAGGGAGAGAUUACGUACAAAUCAGCCUGAUACUAGCAACAGAAAUAACUUCUCCCAGUGGUUGUGUCUUCUUCAUAAUGAAGUGAACAGGAAACUGGGGAAAGCAGAAUUUGACUGCUCUCGUGUGGAUGAGCGCUGGCGAGAUGGUUGGAAAGAUGGGAGUUGUGAUUAAUCCAUAGAGACUGCUGUGGAAAUCUAUCAGACCAAUCCAAUCUGGUGUGGAGUCACUACAGGGAGAUGUGUGUCAGGGACUGUGUGUUUGGGUGUGUGACUGCUAUGGCUUGUGGAAAUAAAGGUAAAGCAACUCUAAAAGUGGAUUUGAAAAGCUUAUCCUAAUAAUAUUUUGAUGACUGAUGAUAAAAGUGUAUUACCUGAGUGACUGGGGUCUCCCAUUUGACACAGCAAUUGCCAGAAACCUGUGAAAUGAAAGCACUGACAAAGUCAUGGAGACUUUUUUGUUAUGUCAUUUCCUUAUCUUAGGGGUAUUUGCUUGUUUCUGACUGUUCAUGUUCCCUGAACACAGCUGUAGAGAGCUGCCCUGUGGCAUUUCAUGUUCUUCUGCAGGCGUUAUCCUUAUGGUUUAGAAAAUGCAUCUGAUUAAUUCUGGGUUUCAUUUGCUAUUCAUGCCGUGUUUUGUGCCAAGUCUGUACCCCCAGAUCUCUCUCUCUGACAUCUCCAGUGCUUGUUGUUAAAUUUGCACCCAGUUCCUUUGCUGGAAGGCCUGAAGGGAGGUACAUUGAAUUUAAAUACUGAAAUCAUGAAGCCCAGAUUUCUCAUUUUACUCUUGUAUUUGACUUACCAUGUAAGAGGGUGUUGUAGAAAGGAAAAUUAAACCAGGGCUAGGCAACAUUCAUCUAAUGAAUGAAGUAUCUGGGUGAAGUCCAGAUGUUUUAAACUGAUUGCCAGUUUUCUUUGGAUCUAGAGGUUCUAAGUUCUGCUGAACUAUUUCCUCUUAAAGCAGAUAACCUCUUAAUCUCUGCUGUGAACUUUAGUCUGUGAUGAAAAUAGCUUGACCCCUGUAUCUGUAAUGAAGCAUAUUCAGCUCUGUUUCACAUAUAGCAUUCCUGAGAUGUGUUUUGAAGUUCUUGGUUGGCACUUGCUGACCUGGCUGAUAUUCUGGUGUUAUCUCCUAGCUAAAAACCUCUAGAUCAAAAGGACUUGCAAGCACCCCUUCUUAAGGCUGCAGUGUCAGCUUAAUGUAGUGUUUAUUGCACAGGGGACUCAGGAGCCCCUUGGGUAGCUUCCCUCUGUAGGUACUGGUCAGCAUCCAUGCUAUGUGUAUUUUUCCUAGAUCAGCUAUACUGCAUCAGUGUAUUGAUUUAGAAGUGUGAAUUUCAGAUUCAAGUGAAAUAGCACCAUAAAUGUUUAACACCCUAUGCACAUAAACAUGUAUCUCUUGAUAAAAAGAGUCAGCUAACAAACAGAAGUCAAAGGAAUUUCAAGUUCUUAGAGAUGUUGAGAUAAUGCCUUUUACUGCAUUUCUGGCUGUGAAGUUUGCACAAACCAUGACAAUAGAAGGCUUUUUCCUCCUGUGCUUCCUGCUGAGGCUUUCUUGUGUGUUUUAGACCUUCGUUAUCUCACGUGCUGCUGUACCUCUGUAAAUUUACUCUUGCUGAUAGAGUUACCUGGAAUUACCAGUGGAGCUUUUAUCAUAAUAGUAGUGUGAUGACAGCUUCUGUUUCAGAACUUUGACCUUUAAACCUGCGUGCAUGGGGCUCCUCUAGUUAGAAAAGCAGUAAGAACUUCAGAAAUGCAUUUCAGUGUUUUAUGGUACAUUCAAGUCCUUUCAAGUCAGACCUGUUAAUAUGAGGCAAAUUUUAUGGACUAGUUGUUCUUAGAAGUCUUUUAUGUAGUAACGUUUCUAAACAUGAACCCAAAGCCAAUGAUAAGGUACUUCAAGAAGCAUUCAGUCUAGCUUAUGACUUGAAGGUGUCAUUUGGGUUAUUAGAAAUGCUUGGCUAAUUUCCCUAUCAGUGUGUUGAGCUUAGAACAAAUAAAUUCCAGCCCUUGGUUUUUUUGUCUUGUGGAUGGUGAACUUGGUCCCCAAAAUGAAGUACAUUGGUGUCCAGUAAUGGGGAGAAGACCAACAAAAAGGUUGUAACCCUCUGCUUUUGUCAGCAUAACCUAAACAACCCAGUUCUAUCUGGAUAGUGUUAACAGUAGGGUGUGUGGAGAGGCAUCUGCUUGUAGACUUGGUUGUGUUUGAGGAGGAAUCUACUCAUUUUACCUUCCAGUCUCCCCUUGACUGUUCUCUGGGACAGUCUCAUCACCCAUGGAGCAGAUGAUAGUCCUCUUUGCCUCAGUAUAGAUGAGCAGGUUGGGAAAACCCCUCUCUCUUCCCUUUCCAUCUUAACACUGAAAACGGGCCAGGGUGGUGAGUGGCACUUUCUUGUGUGCAAGUGCCCUUGAUCUCUGAGUCCUGGGAGUGCUGCUGCCUUCUGCUGGCAAGCGGUUGGUGCUGGGCAGGUGUGGGGUAACCUUCCACCAUCCACAUCACAAGUGUAGAGAGGAAACCAAAGGUGUAUCCUGUUCAAAAUCAGGGGAGCAGCUGUGGCAACACAAGGUUUUUGUCACCUAAUGUUGCUCAAGGAGGUGGUAGAAGUGUGCAGAAGGAAACCCCCCCUUGCCAGCACGUCCUGGCAGUGGUGAAGGGGAAGAGCCUUAAAGCUGAAAUUGGUGUCUUAGUGAGUGCUUCCUAAUAAUGUGGCCACCCUUGUGGCUGCUGGGAUGUUAAUGGGGCAAUUUGUAGCUUCACUAAAUGGCCGUAUGGUAAAACAGAUGCUUGCCUCCUCAUUUUAACUGCUUUGCAGAAGAGCUUUGACUUAGGUGAUCCUCAGGGAUAUCAUCAUCUCUGUGGACUUGACUGUAUGGGGAGGAGGGGAUUUUUUUUGCUGCUCAUUUGUACCACAUCUCAAGUUUUAAUCUUAUGUAAGGAAUUCCUAUUGAAGAUGACUUGUAUUUGUGUACAGAAAAUUGUGAAUUCUAAGUGCACUUGACUAAAUCUAGUUUUAAAAAUACACCUGUAAUUCAAAUGACAUUUCCUGUUGAUGUGAAAAUAAUAAAGCAACAGUUUAUUCCUGGC